AUCGUCAGUUUUUCAUUGAUAUUCAAUCAAAUUGGAUAUACAGCAGCACUGAGCUCCCCAAAACGAAGCACUAAUCGCAACCAACGCUAAAUUUUCAUUUAAGAUAGCAAACAAUUUACAUUUAAACAAACAGAAAAAAUGGAAUUCAAAGCUAUUCAGAUCACAUUGUGUUUGAUUGCCAUGGCAUGUGGUGCAUUCGCCAGCUACGGUCAUUCAAGCAGUUACGUGCACAUUGACCAUCUAUCACAUGGAUUGGGAAGCUACGACGGCGGCUAUGAUCAUUACGAUGACCAUGAUUAUCAUGCACCCGCCAACUAUAAAUUCGGUUAUGCUGUCAAGGAUCCGCACACCGGAGACGAUAAACAAGCCUGGGAAUCGCGUCAUGGUGACCAAGUGAAGGGAUCAUACUCAUUGGUUGAGCCAGAUGGUACCAAACGAAUUGUUGAUUACACAUCAGACAAAAUCCACGGAUUCAAUGCUGUUGUCAAGAAGAUCGGACACGCACACCAUCCAAUUAUCGAGCACCACGGUCCUUUGGCUGCCGGAUUUGGCUACUACUAAUUCUCAACCAUACAGCCACCUACCCCAUACGUCACAUUCAUAGAAUUUUCGGCAUUCAGAUCAUCGGAAUUGAUCGCAAUGCUGCACUAGUAUUUUUUUUUUGCUUUAAAUUAUUUUACCUUUGUCUAAUUAUAAUAUUAUUUGUGUACACUUUUGUGCAAAGUGAUGGAAAAUUCAUUCAUGACACAGACGAAACACAAAUCGAUUAUAAAUAAUGGCACAAAUGAUGACAACCACACUGAUUCGAAUACAGUAUUUGCAUCUAAAAUCUAUAACAAAAAAUCAAUUCUCAUUUUUCUUCAACAUUUCUUUGCCUAUCCCUUCUUUUUAUAAUUCCUAUCCCUUCUUACGUUUCACUUCUUCAAUUCUAUGUAGAUAUUUCUACUUUCUUCAUUAUUUGAAAUCAUCAUUUUUCAUAAACCCUGUCUCGAAUCCAACCAAGUUGUUAUGUGAGCCAAAAAUUGAUCCGUGAUACGUUGUCAAAACAAAUAUUUUUUGGAAAAUUGUAAUAAAUUUGUACCAAAUGGUAAGCGAUAUAAUAUGUAGAUGGGACAAACUAAGAAUGAAUUCGAACGCUAAUUUUAACUAGAAAAUUACAGAAAACAAAGAAACAUUGGAAUGAGUGAAAUAAAUGAAAACGUUUCCAAAGAAACGAAAGAUUAAAACUAAAAA